UUGAGUGGGGGAAUUUUUUUUUGGCAGAUUAGCUCCUCCCACAGCAGUCACACAAUCAGUAAAGCUCCUCCCACAAAGCAGUUCCCAGAUAAAUACUGGAAUAUCCCCAUUCCCAUCAGUCUACAAAAGAAGACGAGCUUCAAAAGAAGCAUCAGGACGAGCUGAAAUUGAUAUUGAGAACAUGAGUGAUCCAGAAUCCUGCAGAAUGAAACACGCUGAAGAUACUGAAGAACAAAGAGACCUGAUGGAAGGAAACGAGGAGCAUGAAGAACUGAGUGAAGUGGAGGAGGAACAUCAUGACACACCUGCAGAAAAACAUUUGAGUCGCUCAAAGACUAAAAAGACUUUUUUAAAGAAAAGAGCCAAGAAAUCUUUCACCUGCAAUCAGUGUGGAAAGAGUUUCUCACACAAAUGUGAUCUUGAGCGUCACAUGAGGAUCCACACUGGAGAGAAGCCGUUCACAUGUGAUCAAUGUGGAACCAGUUUCCCAAGCAAACGUAAUCUUGAGUUUCACAUGAGGAUCCACACCGGAGAGAAGCCGUUCACAUGCCAUCAAUGUGGAAAGAGCUUCACGCAUCAAUCGAGCCUUAAGAGACACACAGCAAUGCACUCUGGAGAGAAGCCGUUCACAUGUGAUCAAUGUGGGAAGAGAUUCCCAUUCAAAGAUAAUCUUAAGAUUCACAUGAGGAUCCACACCGGAGAGAAGCCGUUCAUAUGUAAUGAAUGUGGCAAAACAUUUCUUUGUUCAUCGGCUCUGAAUGUACACCUGACAGUUCAUACGAAGGAGAAGCCACAUUCAUGUUCUGUGUGUGGAAAGAGUUUUUCACAGCUGCCAACUUUAUACAGGCAUCAGAAAAUUCAUUCUGAUGUGAGAGAGUACAUGUGCUUUGAGUGUGGGAAGACUUUUGUUACUGUGGGCUCUUUAAAACAGCACCAGAGGAUCCACACCGGAGAAAAACCUUACAAGUGUUCACACUGUGACAAGACAUUCAGUGUGCCAGUAAAUCUGAGAUCACAUGAGAGGAUCCACACCGGAGAAAAACCUUACAAGUGUUCAUACUGCGAAAAGAGAUUUGCUCAAUCAUCAAAUCUGAAAACACAUGAGAGGAUCCACAGAGGAGAGAAGCUGCACCCGUGUGAUCAGUGCAGAAAGAGUUUCAGCACUAAAAGUCACCUUCAGCGACACAUGAAGAUCCAUGCAGUGGUGAAACCACAUCACCGCAGUCUGAAAUCACAAUAAGUAGUUCAUCUUUAUGUGCUGAGCAACAAAGUUUUCUAACAGUCACAGCGAGCGACAGGAGAGUUUAUUAUUACGAGAAUAUAUUUCAUCAUUAGAUCGAAGUGAUUAUAAUAAUGAUAAUAACUUUCACAUGUAUGAGUCACAAACCAGUAUUUGAAGUGUUUCAUUUGGAACUUGUAACAUUUAGCUAUACAAACAUUUAGCCAUUUCUGCAGAGAUUGAACUGACUGAAGAUCCAAACACAUUUCUGCCAAUGAUCGUGUUUCCAGAGAUACUUUUCCCAAAUUCUUUUUCCCCAGCAGCAUCAGCGUGAUCUGAUCUUUUCCUCUCAGGAACAUGAGAAUCUCCUGAAAUUACAACAGAACAAUCAAAUCACUAUUGAAACUGGCUCUAUGGAUUCUUCCCCUAAGAUGUUUCUAUCAUUAAUGUCAUUUACAACAGAAACAACAAUAAAACAAUUUGCAAUAUGGACUUUGCUGUCACUCUUCCCUCGUUCCAUGAUAAAUCU